AUGGAAAACGAUUUAUUACCAUUAUUAUCGGAUACAAAUGAACGUUUUCGUCGUAUACGUGAACUUGGUUCUGGAACGUAUGGACGUGUCUUAUUAGCGUUUGAUCGUGAUUUACAACAACGUUGUGCAUUAAAAAUUUUACCAAAAUCAACAACAAAAUAUCGUGAUUUUCAACGUGAAUAUAAUUAUUCAUUAUUAUUGUCACCACAUCGUUCAAUAAUAAGUACAUAUGAAGAUCGAUGUUAUCAAACAGCAGAUGCAUUUAUUAUUGUACAAGAGUAUGCACCAUUAGGAGAUUUAUUUGAAUCAAUACCACCACAACGUGGUUUACCUGAAAAAGCGGUAAAAACAAUUAUGAAACAAGUUGCUUCAGCACUUGAAUUUAUGCAUGAAAAAGGAUUGGUUCAUCGAGAUGUUAAACCAGAAAAUGUUAUGAUAUUUGAUGCAGAUUUUCACAAAGUUAAAUUAAUCGAUUUUGGUAUGACAAGAAAAUGUAGUUCAUAUGUACGGCGUUUAAUUGGAAGUAUACCUUAUUCACCUCCAGAAGUAUGCAGUGCUCUUAAUAAUGAUAUACUUGUCUCAACAGCUAUGGAUGUAACAAAUCAGAAUAUUCAUAAUUUAGGUAAUUUUCCAUGGGAACAUGCACAAGAGUCCGAUAUAUAUUAUAACGAAUAUUUACAAUGGCAUCGACAUCAUCAAUUACAACGUCGUUAUAAAUUACCAUCACAAUGGUAUAGAUUUACUAGUCGUUUAAUGAGAUUAUUUAGAAAAAUGCUUGAUCCUGAAUCAUUAAGACGGUGUGCAAUAACUGAAAUAGGUAAAUAUUAUGAUAAUAGAUGGAUACAUGAUAAUAAUUAUCGUCGACGUUUAUCAAAUGAAGAUGAAGGUGUUGAAGAAGAUUUUUCAUCAUCAGGAAGUGGCAUUGAAAGUAAUACAAUGACAACAAGUUCAACAAGUAACACUGAUUUUGAAGAAUUAACACAAAUGAUGAGAAACUCUCUAACUACAUUUGAUCAUUUAACAUCUAUUGAUAAUCAAAAACAAUUAUCAACAAAACUUUUGUCUUGA